UCCAUGACAAUGAGAAGCUUAUACUAUAGACCAGUACUUCUCAAAUUUUAAUGUAUGCACAAAUGGCCCAGGGAAUCUGGCUAAAAUAUAGGCUUAUAUUAAACAAGCCUGGACUGAGUCCUGAAAUACCACUUUCCUAAAAAGCUUAUACGUGAUGCUUAUGCUGCUGGUCCAGUUGGAUAAAAGGCUAGAUGAAUAUUCUAGAGGUAUGUCCAAUAGGGAGCAAUAUUUCUUUUUUUUUUAUCCUCACCCGAGGGCAUUUUUUUUUCAUUGCUUUUAGAGAGAAAGGAAGAGAGAAACAUCAAUGUGAGAGAGAAACAUCGAUUGCUUGUCCUCUGUAUGCACCCGAACUGGGGCUUGGAUCCACAACAUAGUACAUUUCUAUACCUGAAAUUUUUGGUAGUGUGGGCACUUGUCCUUCUGGCAGAUUUUGUCCUGGAGUUCAGAUUUGAAUACCUGUGGCCAUUUUGGCUUUUCAUCAGAAGUGUCUAUGAUUCCUUCAGAUAUCAGGGACUGGCCUUCUCAGUGUUUUUUGUUUGUGUAGCAUUCACAUCAAAUAUAAUAUGUCUGCUGUUCAUCCCCAUACAAUGGCUUUUUUUUGCUGCUAGCACAUAUGUAUGGGUUCAGUAUGUAUGGCACACAGAAAGGGGAGUGUGUUUGCCCACUGUGUCUCUCUGGAUACUCUUUGUUUAUAUUGAAGCAGCAAUUAGAUUUAAAGAUCUUAAAAAUUUUCAUGUAGACCUUUGUCGUCCAUUUGCUGCUCACUGUAUUGGGUACCCUGUGGUAACUUUGGGCUUUGGCUUCAAAAGUUAUGUAAGCUACAAAAUGCGGUUAAGGAAGCAAAAGGAAGUGCAGAAAGAGAACGAAUUUUACAUGCAACUUCUUCAGCAAGCCCUCCCCCCAGAGCAACAGAUGCUACAGAAGCAAGACAAAGAGUCUGAGGAAGCAGCCAAAGGAUUACCUGAUAUGGAUUCCUCGAUCCUUAUACACCACAAUGGAGGUAUCCCAGCCAACAAAAAACUUUCCACGACUUUGCCAGAGAUAGAAUACCGAGAGAAAGGGAAAGAAAAGGACAAGGAUGCCAAAAAACACAACCUUGGAAUAAACAACAACAACAUUCUACAACCUGUAGACUCUAAAAUACAAGAAAUUGAGUAUAUGGAAAACCACAUCAAUAGUAAAAGAUUAAAUAAUGAUCUUGUAGGAAGUACAGAAAACCUCUUGAAAGAGGACUCAUGCACUGCUUCCUCAAAAAAUUACAAAAAUGCGAGUGGAGUUGUGAACUCCUCACCUCGAAGUCACAGCGCCACAAAUGGGAGCAUUCCUUCUUCAUCUAGUAAAAAUGAGAAGAAGCAGAAAUGUACUAGUAAGAGCCCAAGUACACACAAGGACUUAAUGGAAAACUGUAUUCCUAAUAACCAGCUAAGCAAACCAGAUGCACUGGUAAGGCUGGAACAAGACAUUAAAAAGUUAAAGGCUGACCUACAGGCCAGCAGGCAAGUGGAACAAGAGCUCCGCAGUCAGAUCAGCUCCCUCUCAAGCACCGAGCGAGGGAUCCGCUCAGAAAUGGGCCAGCUCCGGCAGGAGAAUGAGCUGCUGCAGAACAAGUUACAUAAUGCUGUGCAAGUGAAGCAAAAAGACAAGCAGAACAUCAGCCAGUUGGAGAAAAAGCUAAAAGCUGAGCAGGAAGCUCGAAGCUUUGUAGAAAAGCAGUUAAUGGAGGAGAAAAAGAGGAAGAAGUUAGAAGAAGCUACUGCUGCCCGGGCUGUCGCAUUUGCUGCUGCUUCUAGGGGAGAGUGCACCGAAACCUUACGGAAUCGGAUCAGGGAAUUAGAAGCAGAGGGCAAGAAGCUCACGAUGGACAUGAAGGUGAAGGAAGACCAGAUCAGAGAACUAGAACUGAAAGUUCAGGAGCUUCGGAAGUAUAAGGAAAAUGAGAAGGACACUGAGGUGUUAAUGUCAGCUCUCUCAGCCAUGCAAGAUAAAACACAGCACCUGGAGAACAGCCUGAGCGCAGAAACGAGGAUCAAGCUGGACCUGUUCUCCGCACUAGGGGACGCAAAACGACAACUUGAGAUUGCCCAAGGACAAAUUCUUCAGAAAGACCAGGAAAUCAAGGACCUAAAACAGAAGAUAGCCGAAGUCAUGGCCGUCAUGCCCAGCAUAACGUACAGUGCCGCCACCAGCCCCCUGAGCCCUGUCUCCCCCCACUACUCUUCCAAAUUUGUGGAGACCAGUCCCUCCGGACUUGAUCCCAAUGCCUCUGUUUACCAGCCCCUGAAGAAGUGAAGGCCAGCUGUAUGUUUUGCCCAACACUUUCGUUACCAGAAGGCAUUGCAGAGGAGCGUGUCUGGCAGUCAAGAUAAAAAGUUUAUAUUGUAUUUUGUGGGACUGUAUAUGUUGUCGUUUUUAAAAAAGGGGGGGAAGAUAACAUCCAAGUCUAAUUAGAACUGCCCAUCAGUUUUUCUUGUAAAUUUUUAGAAGACCUCACAGAACUUUGCAGUUUAUUUUUCUCGGCCAAUACAUUAAAACCGUUCUUGGAUUUCAAGUAGCCAAUUUUGCCUUUUAUGUAUUCUUACAGUUUCCUCUUGAAGAAGAAGGGAGAAAAAAAGGCAGGAUUUUUGCUUCUCAAUCCUCUAUUUUGUUUUGUUUUGUUCCUAAAUAAGCAAAACCUGCACAUUGGAUCCGCAUGGGGUGAUAAUGACAAAUUUUAGUUUAGAGUGAAAGUUAAAUAACCUAACACAGUUUUGAUUGGAUAGCUGCAUUCAAGAAUAUGAUUCUUGAUGUUACAGAAAACAAAAAUCGAUUACUCCUACAAAAAUCGAUUACUCCUGUAAGGACCAAACAAAUUCAAAUUCAAGGAAUGUCAUUGAAACUGAGGGGAGAAACGCAGGCGAGGAGACAGCGGUGAGACAGUAACAGGGGUUGUGUUCGAAAUGUUUAUACUCCCACCAGUGUGCGUAGUCCUAGCAAAUUGCUAGCAGCAGUCUUGUUCACAGUGCCUUGGGAAAAGACAUUUCAAGAGGAAACUUGAUGAUUUUAGACUGUUUUCCCCCUUUGUCGUCAUCUGUCUUCUAUCUGUAUCAAGCUCACUGCGGAUCCUGCUGUAAAACUGGUGGGUAGCUGGGCUGUUCGUUACCACCACGGCCACGUGUUCUGUUUCUUUUCCUAGAAAGCACCACAGUGUUCUGGAUUGUCUGGAGGCUGGCACCUUGGGAAGGGGAGCUGGGUGGUAUCUGUGUACCGGAGACUGCAAUGACAGCUAAUAAAAGCUGCAGUUCUAGGCUUUUUGUUUUCAUUUUGUUUUGUUUUGUUUUCAUUUUAUUUCAUUUAACUGUGCUUUCCACCGUUUAUCAUCUUGUGUUUGACAAUUUAGAAGAAACUUGACUAUUCCUCAGCUCUUGUGCCAAGGAGUAUUUUUUUUAAAGAGUUUUAAACUCAAAACUCUGCACAAAGAUUUCAGUUUCAAGUGUAUAUUAUACAUUAGUAGAAAAGUGUUUGCACUGGCAAC